GUGGAAUUUGCAACAGUCAUGCAAGUGGUGUCAGUUUUCGGUAUUACCUUGCUUUCAAGGUCAGUUGUGAUUCUUAGACUGCGAGCAGCUUUCGCUAGGUGGGAAAAUCUUCCAGAGUCCGGAUCUCUGGUUCAGACUAGGUGCUCAAAAAUCGCCCGUACCUCUCCUCGCUGGAUCCCGGUGGUCCACUUGUGCUUUACGACUGCGGCAUCAAUCACGGCCCUUCGAUCGGGGGACAAUGGAUGUUUCGAGCUCCCAAACUUUAUGAUGGUGGAAUGGCCCAGGAAAAGUAGAACAGAUUAGUCAAGGGAUUGCGAAGCUAGCUAGAUCCAUUUUGGGCAAAGAGCUCUUUAUUACGACAUGAAACUUAGUCAUGGGUUGUGACGGAAAGGAUUUCGUGUACAUAAAAGUGAGGUAGGUGAUAUUAUUUCCUUAGGGGAGGUGUGAUUGUUCAGUAGCAAGGCUGUCGCUUUACUACAGCGUUGUUGUAAAGUUAGCAACUUUACCCAGAUGCACUGGGGACGUUCCAUAACUGGAAGUGGAUCAGUAAUUUGUCUCUAGGUGACUCGCGAGAUCAUACCACGCGUCAGAUCGCACCUAGGCAGCUACCACUGGAGGAUGCCCUCGCCUAGCGACUUCCAAACAUUCCUCUUCGAGUCC